AUGAUGGACUGCCUCUUCGCCAAAUGCAUCCCGCUCGUCACGGACUGCGUGCUAGCCGAGUUGGAGAAGCUGGGUCCCAAGUACCGCAUUGCGCUGCGGAUUGCCAAGGAUCCGCGCUUUGAGAGGUUGAAGUGUGACCACAAGGGGACGUAUGCGGAUGAUUGUCUUGUUGAUAGGGUUAUUAAGCAUCGUGUUUAUAUUGUGGCGACGAAUGAUAGGGAUUUGAAGAGGAGGAUUAGGAAAAUUCCAGGAGUGCCAAUCAUGAGUGUUGCUAGGGCGAAGUAUGUUAUCGAGCGCCUCCCCGAUGCUCCGGAGAAAUGA